AAGAAGGAACACCUCCCCUUUUUUAUUUUCGAAAGCAACUUGAAAAAAAUAUAUAUAUAACAAAACAGCAGUCCAACCCAACCCCCCCGAGGCCGACUUCUUGCCACUGUCAGCGUGCGGUAUGGCUUCCAACAGCAUCUUCGACUCCUUCCCCAACUAUACGCCGACCUUCAUCCGAGACCCGAGCACCAGCCGCCGCUUCACUCCCCCCUCCACGGCCUUCCCCUGCGGCGGCGGCGGCGGCGGCAAGAUGGGCGAGAACAGCGGCGCGCUAAGCGCGCAGGCGGCCGCGGGCCCCGGCGGCCGCACCCGGGCCGAGGUGCGCUCGAUGGUGGACGUGCUGGCCGACCACGCGGGAGAGCUCGUGCGCACCGACAGCCCCAACUUCCUCUGCUCUGUGCUGCCCUCGCACUGGCGCUGCAACAAGACGCUGCCGGUCGCCUUCAAGGUGGUGGCACUGGGGGAUGUGCCCGAUGGAACGGUGGUGACCGUGAUGGCUGGCAAUGAUGAGAACUACUCUGCCGAGCUGCGCAAUGCUUCCGCUGUCAUGAAGAACCAAGUGGCCAGGUUCAACGACCUUCGCUUCGUGGGACGCAGUGGGCGAGGGAAGAGUUUCACGCUCACAAUCACCGUGUUCACCAACCCUACCCAAGUGGCCACCUACCACCGAGCCAUCAAGGUCACUGUGGAUGGACCCCGGGAACCCCGACGGCACCGGCAGAAGAUAGAAGACCAGACCAAGGCCUUCCCCGACCGCUUCGGAGAUCUUCGCAUGCGUGUAACACCAAGCACACCCAGCCCCCGUGGCUCUCUCAGCACCACGAGCCACUUCAGCAGCCAGGCCCAGACCCCAAUCCAAGGCUCCUCAGACCUGAACCCCUUCUCGGACCCCCGACAGUUUGACCGCUCCUUCCCUACGCUGCAGAGCCUCACAGAGAGCCGCUUCCCGGACCCCAGGAUGCACUACCCGGGAGCCAUGUCUGCCGCCUUCCCCUACAGCGCCACACCAUCGGGCACCAGCCUGGGCAGCCUGAGCGUAGCGGGCAUGCCGGCCAGCAGCCGUUUCCACCACACCUACCUCCCUCCGCCCUACCCCGGGGCCCCGCAGAGCCAGAGCGGGCCCUUCCAGGCCAACCCCGCGCCCUACCACCUCUUCUACGGCGCCUCCUCCGGCUCCUACCAGUUCUCCAUGGCAGCCCCGGGAGGUGGCGAGCGCUCGCCCACCCGCAUGCUGACCUCCUGCCCCAGCGGCGCCUCGGUGUCAGCGGGCAACCUCAUGAACCCCAGCCUGGGCCAGGCUGAUGGCGUGGAAGCCGACGGCAGCCACAGCAACUCUCCCACGGCCCUGAGCACGCCGGGCCGCAUGGACGAGGCCGUGUGGCGGCCCUACUAAGCACCCAGGGGACUCUUGGCCCAGCCGAAUCCGUCCCUCCAGCCCGAGGCUACAAGAAGAAACAGACUUUGGCUUGGUCCCAGGGGCCAGAGCUGGCAAUGGCUCCCAGAGCUCUGUCCAGCUGCAAGUUUGAACAGAGGAUGUAGGGACCUCCCACAGGACACUGCUCCAGCCCAAAUCAAUGCCCCCUCUCGCUGUGCACCCCAAGCCCACCUCCGUUGUCUCCAGCCAUGCCCAGGGUUAAUUCCGGAAUCAGAGGCUACCCCUGCCCUUGAGGGAGAGGGCCUUUGAUGGCGAGAGAAGCUCAGGCUCAGAGAUGUCUGGACUUUCUCUCAACGCCCGCCCCGCCCCCCUCAACUCUCCCUCUGCAUACAUGCGCAUCAAGCCAAAUGGAAACUCCAAUCCCUGAGAUGGUUUCACUCCCCUGUAGAGAGGGAAGAGCCACGAGACACACACACACACACACACACACACACACACACACACACACACACGAGUCCCCAACUUGUCUUCCCCAUGAUUCCAGGCAAGCAGCCCCUGACCAGCUCUAGCUUACCUGGAACCCGGCCCCAGAGCAGACUCAUCCCGGGUGGCAGGUAUCUAAAACAAGGAAGGCCGCAGCACUGUCCAGCACACUCCAACCUGAACUGUCUACUGGGUUCUCAGGGGCAGAGAGGUCCGGGCAGAAAGUCUUACCAUGGGGACCGAUAGGGUGGUUACCCUGCUCACUAGGUCCAGCCAAACUGUGCUCUGGGCCUUGUCUCCCAGGCCACAGUCCUGCUCCCUACUUACCUUGUACCUAGAGGCAAACAACCUUGAACCCGAAGAAAAGGUAAUUCCAUCAAGCAUCUAAAAACUUCUGACAGGUGGCAGUCUGUGUACGGGAAAGCCCAACCCCCCCUGCUAGUGUGAUGUCAUCAGGAUCCCGCCACCAGGGUCCUGACCUCACAUUCUUCACAGAAGGGGACAAGACCUCCAGGAAGCCCGUGUGGGGUCUCUGGUGAGGUAUGCAACGGCAGAGCAGUGUCCAAGCAGGGAUCAGAGGUUCUCUUAAAUCUGUGGGAGACUGUCAGUGGGAAAGGUUAAAAAGCUCUUACCAGAGCUGGCCCACGGCUGGUUUUAUCAAAAUGCGUGAGCCACACACUCUAUGGCCAUUGAAGUCUCCUUUACAAGGCUCCUUAAUGAUAGUCUCUGUCCUGUGCUUGGCCUUCCCCAUUGCCUGCACCUUUAACAGCCACAUACACACUCCGGCAAGACAGGGGGUCCGGACAAUCCUGAGCAGGUACCUCCGGUUACAGUGUCUCCUGUCCCACCCUUACUGGAAGAAAAAGAAAUCUAUCUUUUGGAAAUAGCUGAAGUAACCUUCCAGCUCCCUGCACGCACAGGGGCCUUCUCACCUCUUCUCAGGAAGCAGCUACAGCCCAUUGCCCUCCUACCGCUUCGCUACUGCUCCAUGGUGCAGACUGUCCCAGAUCAUCAAGAAAGAUACUUUCAGGGUCCCAGCGCCUAGCGCUGUGUAAGCCACCCCAGACAGUUACCCUCACUGAUACCCAAAAGGGAGUGAAGAUAGAAAGUCACCCCACCCCCAUCCACUCCUUUCUCAUCCCUGAUUAACAGUGAAGGCUGAGUCUGUUGGGGGUCCUACAGUGAGCCCAGGCAGCCCGGGCUGGUAAAAAGAAAGGAAAGAAAAAGAAGAAAGAAAGAAAAAAAACCCGGAAAGAAAAUGGGUUCUUAUUUGCAAGGCUACUUUAAAGUGCUACUUGAAAGCACAGGCUAGAAAGAAAGCACAAGGAACGGAGGGGUUGAUACGAUGUUACUGUAAGUGUGUGGGUGGGUACCGAUCCUUUGUGACAUUGUGUUCCCCUGAGGUAUCCUACCUGCUGUGAGCACGUCUUCCUGAAGUGGGCUCCAAGCUGAGGGAAAGGAGAGGGCCUGCUUUGCACUAUACGCUGCUUGUGUGUUUGGUUUUUUAAUGUACAACUUGCUUGUACAGGUCAACUUCCCCACUUGAGUACUAUUUAACUGUAAAAUGAAAAUUGUAUUUGUUACAAUAAUAUAACAGAUGCCUUGAAGAA